GCAGCCACACACACACAGCAAAAUGCCUGAAGCUGAGGUAGUUUACUCCGAUGUGAAGUUUGCAAGAGGAAAAAAGGGAGCCAAUGAGGCCGUUACCCCAUCGACUGACUCGACUUACUCUGAAAUCAAGAUCUCAAAGACUCAGCCAUCCACAGCAGAGCUGUCUGACAGUCCUCAACAAGCUGUGGUGAGCAAAGGGUCAAAGGUCACCUCAGAGAGAGUGGUCCUGGUGGUUCUCAGUGUUCUCCUGGCAGCUGCUCUCAUUGCUCUGUGUUUUACCACAUUUGAUAAAAGUAGAACUAACCAAGAGCUUGAAAAUCUGAAACUUAAAAAAACGAAGUGUGAAAGUAAUCUCACAGAGACUCUCUCUAAGAUAAAAUCAUGCAGCACAGUGCAGCCGACCUGUCCAGGAUCUACAGUAGUAGAUGAUCCUUGUUAUAAAUGUGAAGAAGGCUGGGAGCAAGAUGGAGGAAAGUGCUAUUACUUCUCCAUCAGUAAAUCAUCCUGGAAACAGAGCAGAGAUGAGUGUAGAGCUAAAGAAGGAGACCUGGUUAAGAUAGACAGCAGAGAGGAGCAGACUUUCCUGGAGAGAAGACUGAGAGAUGUAAUGACUAGAGAUGAGGACAAGUUCUGGAUCGGACUGACAGACUCAGCAGUAGAGGGCAGAUGGGUGUGGGUGGACGGAUCAUUACUGGAUCAAAGUUUGAAGUUUUGGAGUGGCAACGAGCCAGACAAUUGGAAAGGGCGCAAUGGUGAACAUCCUGAUGGAGAGGACUGUGCGAGGAUGGGAGCAAAAGGUGGAGCUGAUGAUCUGAAGUGUUGGUUUGAUGCAUUUUGCUCAAAGCCUCAAAGAAGUAUUUGUGAGAAAUCAGAAGUUAAAGGACAGUUUAAAAAAUGUGACUUUACUGCACUAUAUAGCAGGUGGUUCUAUGUCAGCGAAGAACAACACUUCGCCAUGGCUGUAAGUAGUGGCAGAGUAAUAGUGGAUGAUGAGCAGCAGACAUUUCUGGAGAGAAGAAUGAGAAACAUCAUGAAUGAAGAUGACAAGUUCUGGAUCAGAUUGACAGACUCAGCAGUAGAGGGCAGAUAUUUGUGGGUGGAUGGUUCACCACUGUGUAAAAGGCUUGAUUUUUGA